AUGUCUUCGCCGCAACCAUUCGUGCUGUCCUCGCCCACAGGCGGCCGAAGACGGAAGUCCAAGUUCACCUACAAGCAGCUCAACCUACUGGCACAGUCGUCGGUGAAUUGUCCUCUGCGUGUGAUUGCACUCAUCGACUACGAUGCCUUCUACGCGCAAUGCGAAUCGGUGCGACUGGGCUUGCCGGAUGAUCAGCCACUAGGAGUCCAGCAAUGGCAGGGACUGAUCGCUAUCAAUUAUCCAGCGCGAGCCUUCGGCCUCAAUCGCCAUGUGACACCCAAGGAAGCACGCGAGAAGUGUCCCAACAUUACCUUCCAGCAUGUCGCAACCUGGAGAGAAGGCGACGAUAAAUGGGCAUAUCGAGAAGGAGCCGACAAGCACAUCUCGACUGACAAAGUCAGCUUAGAUCCCUACAGGCUCGAAUCGCGGAAGAGUCUUGCGUUGAUUAAGGAAAUUUUGCCCGCGGCCCCGAUCCAGAAAGUUGAGAAGGCAUCAAUAGAUGAAGUCUUCCUUGAUCUUUCGGCGCAAAUCUACUCGAUUUUGGUCACCAGAUAUCCCGAACUCAAGGUUGCGCCGUACGAUGACCCAACCGAGAAGCUGCCCUUUCCUCCAUCCACUGCGCUGGACUGGGAAGCCGAUGCUCUGAUUGACCUUGACAUCAAUCAGACUGAGGAUGAUGACCCGGAUUGGGAUGAUGUCUGCAUCAACAUCGGCGCAAGCAUUGUGCGUGACGUGCGAAAGACGAUUCUCGAAAGGCUUCACUACACAACUUCUGCAGGUAUAGCUCGGAACAAGAUGAUGGCGAAGUUGGGCGCAGGCUAUCGAAAACCCAACCAGCAGACUAUCGUGCGGAAUCGUGCCAUCCAGCAAUUCCUUUCAGACUUCAAGUUCACGAAGAUCAGGAAUCUGGGAGGCAAACUAGGGGACCAGGUAGUAGAAACGUUCAACACAGAUUCGGUGGUCGAACUGCUCGAGAUACCGCUCGAGACCUUCAAAUCCAAGCUAGGAGAUGACACUGGAACCUGGCUACACGAGAUCAUCCGCGGCGAAGAUACCUCAGAGGUCAACUCACGAACACAAAUCAAGAGCAUGCUGUCAGCAAAGUCAUUCCGACCCUCUAUCAACAGCUUCGAGCAAGCUGUGAAGUGGCUGCGAAUCUUCGUGUCCGACAUCUACGCCCGUUUGGUCGAGGAGGGCGUCACAGAGAACAAGCGGCGGCCAAAGACGAUGAAUUUGCACCACCGCCAGGGUGGCACAACGCGAAGCCGCCAGAUUCCGAUACCAAUGGGCAAGAAGAUAGAUGACACUAUGCUCUUCGACCUCUCGAAAACCUUGCUCGGUCAGGUAAUCGUCGAUGGCAGGGCCUGGCCGUGCGCGAACCUGAGUCUUAGUGUUGGUGGCUUCGAGGAGGGCGUUCAAGGCAAUCGUGGCAUUGGAAGCUUCUUGGUGAAGGGCGAGGAAGCCAAAGCACUGGAAGCUGAGAGAUCAAACAGUGCUACACCGGUUCCGGCAGAUGAUGGUGACAGACCAGCAAAGAAGAGAAGGACAGGCGAGACAGACCUUGGGAGGUUCUUUGCGAAGAGCGAAAGCCGUGAUGAUGAGGAAGUAGUCGACAACGAUGCACACCUCAAUGCUGAAGAGCCCCAGAUAUCUGGUGACGAAGCCGCGGCCCAACACGUCCCACUGUCGACACCACCAUUGCACCAAGCAGAUAUCGCGACCUACUUCUGUAAGGAAUGCAACAAGCGCAUCGAGGUGAGUGGGCGGGAGGAACAUCAGGACUGGCACUUCGCGAAGUCAUUGGCAGCACAAGAUGCACCAGGCCCGUCAAUACCGCGACCACAAGCCAAUAGCAGGCCUCCAGGUGCUCCGAGUAAUGCACACAAAACGAGCCGUGGAGGAGCGUCGGUGGCCAGCAGAGGUCGAGGCGCGUUGAAGACGGCAAAGGCUGAGAAAGGUCAGAAACCUGAGAAAGGUCAGAAACGGCUGGCUUUUGGAUGA